AUGUCGGCCUCAUUUUCGGAAAUAAUAUCGAACCCUCCUAUGUUGGAUGGGGUCAUUAUCGGUGCCGGUUUUUCUGGUUUGUACACACUCUGGAAACUCCGAGAGGUUGGAUUCUCCGUCAAAAUCUUGGAACUGGGAUCUGCAAUUGGAGGCACGUGGUAUCACAAUCGCUACCCCGGGGCUCGGGUAGACAGCGGCAUUCCGAUUUAUCAACUUUCCAUAGAGAAAGCCUGGUCAAAUUUCGAAUGGAGCGAGAAGUUCCCAGGGAGAGAAGAAAUCCUCCGAUAUUUCGAACACCUCGAUAAAACCCUCGACCUCCGGAAGGACAUCGAAUUCAAUACUCGUGUCGUAUCUGCCACUUUUGACGAAUCACUACAUCUCUGGGAAGUCAAAACGCUGUCCGGCAGAUCAAUGCUGACGAGACACUUAAUCCUUUGUGUUGGAUCCUGUUCUAAAAAAUACAUCCCAGAAUUUUCAGGAUUAAACAAAUUUCGCGGUCAACUCUACCAUUCUGCUGAUUGGCCAGAAGAAAAUGUCCCCCUGAGGGGAAAACAUGUCGCCGUGGUGGGGACGGGUGCUUCUGGGGUGCAGAUCAUUCAAGAAAUUGGACCCAUCGUCGACCAUCUCACUGUGUAUCAACGAACCCCUAAUCUAGCCUUGCCACUGCGUCAAACUAAAUCUCGCGAUGUCCCUUUCGCACAACGCUCCCAAUAUAAAGAAGCCUUUGCCAAGACACGGACAACAUUUGGCGGCAUGGAUUUCGACUUCGCUCCUAAAACGUUUUCUGAUUCGACGCCACAGCAGAGAAAAUCUUUGUACGAGUCGACCUGGGCCAUAGGCGGAUUCAACUUUGCUUUAGCCAACUACGCCGAAAUAUAUUUCGAUCAAUCCGCCAACAAUGCAGUUUACGCUUUCUGGCGGGACAAGGUGAGACAGCGGGUGAAGAAUGAGGCAACCCGAGAUUUACUCGCCCCUCUCGUCCAACCUCACCCCUUCGGGACGAAACGGCCCUCCCUGGAACAAUCCUAUUACGAAGUCUUUAACCAGAAUAACGUCGACCUUAUUAACGUUAAGGAGUCGCCCAUCCUGGAAAUUAUACCGACCGGGAUUAAAACGGCGGAUGGGCGUCACGUUGAGGUCGACGUGAUCAUUCUCGCCACGGGAUUCGACACCAAUACUGGGGGAAUUUUAAACAUUUCCAUCAAAAAUGGAGGGGGGACCUCCAUUGCGGAAAAGUGGGGGCAGAGGACAUCUACUUUUUUGGGCAUUACGGUUUCCGGGUUUCCAAACAUGUUUCUACUUUAUGGACCGCAGGCUCCCACUGCUUUCUCGAACGGGCCGACGUGUAUCGAAAUUCAGGCGGAUUGGAUGAUCGACUUGAUGGUGGAUAUGCGCUCGAAGAAGCGGGCGCGGGUGGAGGCGGAUAAACAAGCGGAAGACGUCUGGGUCGCGAUGGUGCGACAUGUUUGGGAAAUAAGCUUGUUUCGAAAGGCGGAGUCGUGGUAUCAGGGGGCAAAUAUUCCAGGGAAGAGGAGAGAACCUCUAAAUUUUGCGGGGGGAAUUCCCGCUUAUAGGAAAACUUUGAAUGAGUGUAGGGACGAGGGGUAUAGGGGACUUCAUUUUAAGUGA